AUGUGUGUCAAACUGAACCCAAAUGAAGGGCAGAUGGGAGUCCUUUCGAAGAGAUCCAACGGCAUCAGGAGGACAGUUGUACGACCGGCGGCGGCCACUUGGAGUCGUUCAGAGUUCAUUGUCCUCCUCUGCGUGUGGUGGUGGGGUCCUGGAAUUUCAUGGGUGAAAGCACAGAAAAACCGGGGAUGCGAUAAGAUCAUUGGUAGCUUUACUGCCCAAGAAAUGAAAGAUGCGGGUCGGCAAUUCCUUGUACCCAUUGUAGACAGCACGCUCGUCAACAACACCGGUAACGUCCUCUUUUUUACUGCUCCAUAUGACGUUCAGCUCUUGCUUCGAUACGGACCGCUGGCUUAUUUCCAUCGAUCGAAGCGUGCCAGUUCGACCGGGUAUGGCUACGAGCAAACCCAGUCCUCUCUAGUUUUUUUGCCAAUAGAUCCAUUGACGGGCCAAGUUCUACAGCGUGUCAAGUUACGGACAUUUGUGUCCUACGGUGGUAUGGGUCACGAUUUGGGGACAACGCCAACGGUCGAAUGGCCAAAUUCCGUACAAGACUUGAUCAAUGCGGUCCAGAAUGAGACAGUAUCGACCGAAUCCUACCAACAAUUCAUGUCCAAAUACUUGCCCGGAAUGCUGGCAGCCAGUAGUGGUUCCAUUGGGUUGUUUCCGGACUACUUUGGUUACGGUGAAAGCAACAACAUGAACCGUGCCUUGUACUGGCCCCGGAUGCACGAGCAGACUACCGUGGUGAGCUACUUGAAGUUACAGCGCUACAUAGCGAGUCUGACGGGAGGAUGCACCUUACUUGAUGAUGCUGUGACCAUUCGCGGGGUUGAAGAGGGCGCCGCUGUUGCCAUAGUUGCUUCGGAUAGCUUGCGACGUUUUGGCUCUGAAUCCUUAACGGUCUUUGCCGGGGCUGGACCAUUGGACACAGAAACAUUACUGUAUGAUACAAUACAAGCCUACGAGGACGACAAUGCGACUCCCCAACUUGAUCUUAUCCUUGCAUUCAUGGCGUUUUCGUUUUCGGCGGAGAUCGCUGGAAUGAACAAUACCGGUUUUGCCCAGCCUCUCGCAGCAGACGAGUAUAGCGCAGCGGUGGCGAGUACCGAUCCUGACCAGGUUUUGCUAAAUUGGUUUGCUGCACCUGAUCCGCCCAGCUCAAGUGUCGUGGCAUCGCGUGUCCCUAUCAACAGUAUCGACAUUGUGCGCCAGUCGGUACGAGAACUCUUUGUGCAAGCUCGGGCCUCGGGAGAAUCGUCCCCCUGUCGAACCUUGGCUUCUGGGGCUGAAAAUGGUAAACUAUGUGAAGCCAUUGUCGAGGCCUCAUCCUGGCGGCUUUUGGAAGGAGAAACUCGCGAUGUCAUCUAUCCCUAUCAAUUGUGUUUCGGUCGAAACGACGAAAUCUUUACGAGCAAUCAUUACCCCUCCAGAAUAUUUGCAAACAGUUUGGUCAAUUUUUAUCGUGGACCAAUCGGAUUUCCCGACUUGGCCCCAGCGGGCGACCACGAUCGCGUUCGUCAACUUUGUUCGCUGGAUCCGAUUUUAUUUUUUAAUUUGGAAGGGCACGCACCGCAGGACGAAGAAAAUCGGCCGAACUACAGGACGCCGCUUUCGGCCGAAGAAAUGCUAGUGUGCGAGUCCGGUCCGAGCGGAUCCACAAUGGCACCAAUGCUUUCGCAGCCAACAGAUUCUCCCUAUCCCACGUCCGAGCCAAUCGCAGCGUCGUCUAUCGAGCCAACGCGGAUCCUUACGUCAAGAAUAGGAGUGUUGGUACUUGUUGCUUAUUUGUGUGGGGGUGAACUGAUCUGA